AAAAACAUCAAAUUGAAGGUGAAAAGUAUAUUAUCUUUUAAAAUUAAUUUUAUUAAAGUGGUCUUUCACAGUUCCUGAUUGGCUUUGUAACUGAACAGAAAAAUUUGGAAAGAAGUCAUAAAGUAUUGGAUUAAAAUUACAAAAUUAAAAAAAAAAAUGUUUCUUCAUAAAGAAAGUACUUUAAAAUUAAGAUAUAAUGAAAUGAAAAUUCCAAUUAUUGGAUAUGAUACCACAUUUCAUUUUAUGUGUGUAAAAAAAUAUUUUCUAAAUGAAGAUGAACAAGUAAAAGCAGCCCUAUCAGAAGCAAUUGAUGCUGGAUAUAGAUUAAUUUUUUGUGAUCCACGUGUUAAGGGAAACGAAAGAGCAGUUGGAGAAGCUUUAAAGGAAAAAUUGGAAGAGAAAAAAGUCCAGAGAGAGGAACUUUUUAUCGUAACAAAGGUUUAUUUAUCUCAUACGACAGGUUUUGUUGAGGAAUCAAUUAAAAAAUCUUUGGAAGCUUUACAAUUGGAUUAUGUGGAUAUGCUUUUACUUUUUUGUCCUGUAGACAGUGAUACUAAACCAUAUGGACCAGAUUAUACAGAAGCCUGGAGAGGAAUGCAAAAUUCAUAUUAUAAAAAAUAUGCAAAAUCACUUGGUUUAUGUAAUUUCACAUCAAAUAAAAUAGAAUGUAUUUUAAAAAUAGCAACAGUUAAACCAAGUGCAAAUUUAAUGAAUUGUAAUGUUUUUAUGAAUUGCAAGGACUUACGUAAAUAUUUGAAAAAACAUAAAAUUGUUUUACUCACAAAUAAUUUAUAUGGAUCAGUUGGUAUUGCAUCUAUUGAUCCAGGACGGGAAUCACCUGAUAAAGUGCAUCUUAAUCAACUUGUGCCAAUUAAAGAAUUGUCGGAAAAAUAUAAUAAAACAAAUUGUCAAAUUGCUAUUCGUUAUCUCCUUGAAAUUGAAGCUGUGCCAUUAGUAAAAUCCGGCUUUGAUUCAAGUAUUCGAGCAAAUAUAGAUGUAUUUGAUUUUAAUCUAGAUAAAAGUGAAAUGAAAAUGUUGAAUGCAAUUGACGAUGGAAAUUACGAUCCAAGUUUGAAAUUAUAUAACAAAUACCCGGAAGACUAUGCUUAUAUAGACUUAUCUAAUUUGAAGAUUUGAAUUUUAUCAAUUCAUGUGACGAUUGUUUUGCUGAUAAUUUCGCAAAUAGUUUAAAAUUAUUUAAAUACUGUAAUAAUGCGAAUAAAUGAUUUCAAAUUUUAA